AUUGAUGUGCUUGCAGACAGCAAUGACUGCCCAGGCUCCCGCACUUGCCGUGACUACCGUUGCGUUGACGUAUGCGCCGGCCAGUGUGGUGUGAAUGCAGAGUGCUAUGCACGCAAUCAUAUUCCCGUCUGCACGUGUCCGGCCCGUUACACUGGCGAUCCGCUCGUGUCGUGUCGUCAGAGGGAUCCAGAGGAGCUAUGCCACCCCAGCCCAUGCGGCGCAAACACACAGUGCAAGGUGGUGAACGAUCGUCCAGUGUGCACCUGUCUUCCGGGCUACUUCGGUUCGCCCCUGCAAGGAUGUCGUCACGAAUGUGACUCUGACGCAGACUGUGGUCCCAGCCAGGCUUGCUCCAACUUCAAGUGCACCUCGCCCUGUGCCUCGGGCGCAUGCGCACCUACUGCCAACUGUGAAGUGCGCAAUCAUCGUGCUAUAUGCUCCUGUCCACCGGGCUAUUUCGGCGACCCAUUCGUGUCAUGCUCGGCCGAGUGUGUGGUGCACGAGGACUGUCCCUACAACAAGCCGAUGUGUUCGGCCUCGCGCUGUGUGAACCCUUGCGCCGGACAGUGCGGCCAGAACGCAGACUGCAAUGUGCGAGACCGCACACGAGCCAUCUGCAGCUGCCCUAAGGACAUGACGGGCGAUCCCUUCGUCUACUGUCGGCCCUUCGAGAAACGUCAGUUGCCUCAAUAUCAUAUUAACCUUUGUCUGCCAGGAUAUCUUGGAAAUGCUCUCAGUGGAUGUCAGAGGGGAGAGUGCCAAUCUGACUCUGAAUGCCGAUCCGACCAGAACUGUAUCAACUACGAGUGCAAGCCAGUGUGUGUAAGCCAAUGCGGAGUCGACGCCAUUUGCAACGCAAGGAACCACGUUGCAGUUUGCACCUGUCCACCUGGAUACUCAGGAAACGCCCUUAAUCGCUGCUACAGGGACACAUCCUCUUCCCGUUCUGCUUACUCCCGAUCCCGUUACUAUUAUUAGAAAUUCAUUCAUAAAAAAGUAUCUAACAUCGAUUUAACUCAUUCUGAACAUCGUUUAAUAAUGAAUGGACGUCUUCUCAAUCUAUAGAGUAAUCAAUGAACGUGUUCUCGAUCUAUAGAGGACCUUAGAGUAAUCAAUGAACGUGUUCUCGAUCUAAAGAGGAACUUAGAUUAAUCAAUGAACGUGUUCUCGAUCUAUAGAGGAACUUAGAGUAAUCAAUGAAGACGUUCUCGUUCUAUAGAGGAACAUAGAUUAAUCAAUGAACGUGUUCUCGAUCUAUAGAGGACCUUAGAUUAAUCAAUGAACGAGUCUCCGAUCUAUAGAGGACCUAAAAGUAUAUAUAUCUUCGAUACAGCUUUUAAUUAUUGAAGUCGACAUAAACAAAACUAGUAUUGUGACAAUUGAUUCGCCUUCAUCUAUUUUAUCAAACAGAUGAAGUGCUCUGUAUAGUGAAGAUGUCCCCAGAAUACAUGGAAUGAUAACAUAAAAUGUAUUGAAAAGAAACAGUUCAUAUCUUCUUCUUCUACUUGUUGAUAGUUCAAUUCUGUGAUGAAUUUUCUUGAAAUUCUUGUGUAAACCAAUUUUAUGGGACGCAACUUGGAUAUUCUCUAUAAGGCGGAGUUAGGACUUCCAAGUCCUCUCAACCACAAUCUUAAAAUUUAAUCUUCAUGUUUAAAUUUUUGUAUUUCCCUUUACACUUCGAAAAUAUCUGUAUGAGACUAGUUUUCCAAUAAAAAAAAUAUAGAAUAAAAUAAAUAUAUGGAUUUGGAAUCUCCAUUUGAACUGCUCUAGAAUUGAAAUCUCAUUAGCAAUGAAACAUCAUUUCAGACAAUAUUCUAUCAUUAUUAUCCAGGAUUGCAAUGUUAUCUUUCUUCUACUUUUGUCAUUUUAUUACUCUUGUUUAUGAUAAACUCAUUGAAUCUUAUUUUCUUUAGAUUAACUUAACUUGGAUAUUCUAUUCUUAAAAGUAUUUUCAUGUAUUUUCUAUCGAUAAAACUUUCAAAGCUCAUAUUAUAUUGAUAAGACUUUAUAAGAGACAACAUUAGUUUUUUAAUAAAUUAUUUAACAUGGA